AUGGAGCGGCCCGGUUUAAAUCACAGCCCAGAUCCCAGGCGGCAGCCCCAGCACGGCGGGGAUCGCCCGGGAGUUGCCAUGUCCGUGCCUCCCCGGGUCCCCAGGACCCUCACACCUCGCCCUGCGCCAGGCCAGUCCCUCGGGGCCGGCGCUCCGCCCCGGGGCUGCGCGGCCCGUGCCCGCCGGGGGCCGGGGCUGGCGCUGGGGCGGGCCGGGGGAGGGCUCGCCGGGCUGCGGCGCCCCGGCCCGGCCAACCCGCGCCCGCCGCGGCUGGGCCAUAAAAGCGCCGGGAGCCGGCGGGGCCGCGGCUCCAGUUGGCGGCAGCCGUGCCGGGCACCCGUGGGGUGGGCAGGGCAGGGCAGCGCGGCGCGGCCGCCGCUCCGCAGCGCAGGGACCGCCGCCGGCCGCCCCCAAGAUGCUGUUUUGGCACACGCAGCCGGAGCAUUACAACCAGCACUCGACCGGCAGCUACCUGCGCUUUUCCGUUUCUUCGUACAAGAUUCUUCAUCUCCUCCCUCUAUGUCAAUAACUCAGUUUCACAACAUAGAUGUGCUCGCGCUGCCCAUCUUCAAGCAGGAAGAGCCGCAGCUGUCUCCUGAGAACGAUGCCAAGCUGCCGCCCUUUCAGUACGUCCUCUGCACAGCCACCUCCCCCGCCGUGAAACUGCACGAAGAGACUCUGACCUACCUCAACCAAGGUCAGUCUUAUGAAAUCCGUCUACUUGAGAAUAGGAAAUUGGGAGAGUUUCAAGAUUUAAACACAAAAUAUGUAAAGAGUAUAAUUCGUGUGGUUUUCCAUGACCGCCGCCUGCAGUACACGGAGCAUCAGCAGCUCGAGGGCUGGAGGUGGAGUCGGCCUGGGGACCGCAUCCUCGAUAUAGAUAUCCCGCUGUCAGUUGGUAUCUUGGAUCCCAGGGCUAGCCCGACGCAGUUGAACACUGUUGAAUUUCUCUGGGAUCCGUCCAAGAGGGCUUCAGCAUUCAUUCAGGUACAUUGCAUCAGCACAGAAUUUACUCCACGGAAGCAUGGAGGAGAGAAAGGGGUGCCCUUCCGGGUGCAAAUCGACACCUUUAAGCAGAAUGAAAAUGGUGAAUACACAGAACACUUGCAUUCUGCAAGCUGCCAGAUCAAAGUGUUCAAGCCUAAAGGAGCUGACAGAAAACAGAAGACUGACAGGGAAAAAAUGGAAAAGAAGACCACCCAAGAGAAGGAGAAGUAUCAGCCUUCCUAUGAGACAACUAUUCUCACAGAGUGCUCUCCCUGGCCAGAUGUGCCUUAUCAAAUGAACAAUGCUCCAUCUCCAAGCUACAACAGUUCUCCCAACAGCUUCAACCUCGGAGAUGGCAACAGUUCUCCAACCCACCAAAUGGAGCUCCUGCCUCCCAGCAAUGAUCAUCUCCUUCCUUCUGCUUCUAUUCAAGAUGCCCAGCAGUGGCUUCAUCGUAAUAGGUUCUCUCCAUUCUGUAGACUCUUCUCAAGUUUUUCGGGUGCCGACUUACUGAAGAUGUCCAAAGAAGAUUUUGUUCAAAUCUGUGGGCCUGCGGAUGGAAUUCGGCUCUUUAAUGCAAUUAAAGGAAGAAAUGUGAGGCCCAAGAUGACAAUUUAUGUCUGUCAAGAACCAGAGCAAAACAGGUCCCAUCUCCACCAAAAACGAGAAAAUGGAGAUGGCAGUCUUUGUGUGUAUCAUGCAAUCUUCUUAGAGGAGCUGACCAUGCUGGAGUUGCUGGAGAAGAUUGCAAACUUGUACAGCAUUUCUCCACAGCAGAUCAACCGCAUCUACCGGCAGGGACCCACGGGGAUCCACGUCCUCGUGAGCAAUGAGAUGGUGCAAAACUUCCAAGAUGAAUCCUGUUUUGUUAUCAGUACAUUGAAAGCUGAGAGCAAUGAUGGCUACCACAUCAUUUUAAAAUGACCAUGCUGCACAGAGAGACUUUUAAUGGCCUAAAACUUAGUGCCUCACUGAGAUUGCUACAACCUAGACUGGAAACACGAAGAACCUUCUGGAUAAAUGCUCCUGUGAACUAAGAAUUACCAAACAGCUUAAGAAAAAACUUGCUUUUACAGAUAGAAAUUUUUGGUGGUGUGUGAUUUUGGUGGGUUUGGUUUUUUUGUUUGUUUGGUUUGAUUUUUGUUUUGGUUCUUUUGGUUUUUUUAAGCUGGAGCUGAGAACAUCCUCAAAGCUUGUACAUGUU